CAUGGCAAGAAAGGGUGUUGUAAUUUCUAACCGAAUGUAUUCGCUUUUGGCUGUCAUUAUUUGACAAGAUCUCCAGAUUCUCCAGGCGAAGAAAAUUUUCUGCAAGGUAGAAAUCAGCUGCAAUCGGGAAUUAGAGUUGAUUUAGUGAGGAAACAAUUGCGAAAUGUUGAAAUAACAAGAUUUUAAUUAGUAAUGAUGAAGUGUUUGGCAUUUUUGUCGUGAAUAUUGAUCCUACGAGAGGGAACAUAAUUUUCGUUUGUGGUUUUGAGAAAUCUUGGCAAGCCAAGAGUGACACAAAUGCACAGUAUGUCAGCAACAUAUAACCGAGUCGAUGAAUAUCCAAUGGAUGACACGCUCGAGUACUUUAUAAAGUUUCCGUCGCCCAAUUUCAAAACCGAAAGCCAAGGAGCGGAAUCCGAUUACGUGUUUGUUUGCAACGAAACCAAUGUUCCCAUAGUGUUGUUGCUUGGCUGGGCCGGAUGUCAGGACAAAUAUCUUAUGAAGUAUUCCAAAAUCUACGAAGAUCGGGGGUUGAUUACGAUUCGCUACACGGCACCGGUUGAAAAUUUAUUUUGGAAACGAACAGCGAUGGUUCAGAUUGGGGAAAAGAUACUCAAGUUGAUCUACGAUAUGAACUUCGACAGCCACCCUCUGAUAUUUCAUGUGUUUUCCAACGGAGGAGCAUUCCUGUAUCAGCACAUAGCGCUUGCCAACAGAAGGUCCAAGAAGCCAGUCCAGAUUUGUGGAAUGAUAUUCGAUUCGGCACCCGGCGACAGACGAGUGCUGGGAUUGUUUCGAGCAAUAUCGGCUAUUUUAGGUAAAGAGAAAAGAUUCAAUUCGUUGAUAUCCGCUCUGAUGACGAUUUCUAUAAUACUUUUGUGGGCUUUUGAAGAUUCGUGCAAUUAUCUACGAAAUUUUCUUCGACCUUGGGGUUACGAAGUCCAAACGAAUCCAACGCACAAUUUGAAGUCUGAAAGCAACGAAUGGCCGCAGUUGUUUCUAUACUCGAAGGAAGACCGGCUGAUACCGUACACGGAUGUUGAAAAGUUUGCGGCAUACCGUCGAAAAUGCGGCGUUGAUGUCCGAAUGGUUUGUUUCGACCGCUCUGAACAUGUGAAACACUACAUUAGACAUCCACAGCAGUAUGUUUACAGCGUCUGCAAGUUUAUCAACGAUUGCUUGACUACCUAUUAUAACAAGUUUCACUACUAGAACUCAUGGAUACUCAGUUGAGGGCUGCAAGGACUAACUGCAAAACUAGGAUAUAAAAAGUAAUUAAAUGAACUUCCCUUUGGCAGAAAAGAACGAGAAAACUAUUGCCAGUUCUUAACAUGUGUGUGUGUGCGAAACACUUUUGAAUUUCGCCUAGUGGAUUGAGUUAGCGUUAGAAAAAAGAAAAAAAAAGUGAUAACUUCCUUUGGCAAGCUGAAAAAAGCACAAAAGUUUAUUCAAUAUCUCUUUGUAAAGCUUCAUAAGUUGAAUAUUGAAUUUCUAAAUGUUCCAUACCUUGAGUAUUAUCAGUCUAUUUAUGUAUCAUUCAUUUAGAAGAUUUUGUGAUAGAACUGCACAAUUACUAUUAUUGUUAGUGCCUUCGGCUGUUAGUUUAUUAUACCUCACUUUAUUGUAUUUAUUGUAUUCCUUACGGUAAUUUCCGAAUAAUAGAGUAAAUACAUACAGAGAUUACCUAUAAUUGGAGAUGUCUGUUGUAAUUCAUUCCACAAUGGAAAACAAUGUAUAACAAGUUACUAUUUAUUUACUGUUGAACUGUUUUUUCGUUGCUGCAAAUA